UAUGCGCCCACAAGAAAUGUAGUGUUCGAAAUGAUCCCAUUUAGAGUGUCUGAAAUUAUUUCAGAUGGAUAUGGAUCGAGUCGGACAUAAACGUCCAAAAGAUGUGAAUGACGACUGAAGACCACUAAUACAGUUGUAUGGAAUAAAUUAAUGCAUUUAAUAGGUAUAGCAUCAGCAGUUUCGGAAGAGCUUUGUCUGUAUGCUUUGCUUCACAAUAUCUACUCUCUUUUAUCUGUUGACCCUGUAAAAAGGUAAGAGCCAACUCCCUUCAAUUAUUAUGUUGAAAACACUUCAGAGAAUGUAAAAUUCCUGUCAAAGCAAUUGGUUACGCAGUUUUGCAAAUUCUAACUCCAAAAAUGGACAACGAAGUUGUCCGGACUCAAUUGCCUGAAGAUAUCAUGAUAAGGGUUUUCAGCCUCUUACCCAUUUAUGCCAUAAUUCGCCUUCAGUUAGUCUGCAAACAGUGGAAAAACAUUAUUUCAUCCAAGGGUUUUGCUUGCCUUUGGUCCAAAAUCUCUCCUCCUCAGCUACCUUUAAUCAUCAUGUAUCAAUCUAGAGAUACAAUUGCGGCUUAUGACCCUUCACAGGCAAAGUGGUUAACCAUGGGUGUCACUUUUCCAGUUGGUAUAACUCACAGAAGGAUUCUGGCCUCUGAUGGUGGCCUUAUUUGCUAUGGCAGUUUCUGUGAAAGCAACCAAUUGUUGAUUGUCUGUAACCCUAUUACUAAGUCUUGGAGAAUUUUGCCUGAAUUGGGGUUCAGUAAGGAGAGAUUUUUGAUUGGGAUGAAGGCAGACACAUCCAGAAACAGCUAUAUUGUAUAUGUUGUAGAGAACCUGAACGAUCUUUCAAGUUUUGACGUUGUGUCCAUUAAGGAAGAAAUAAGGGUGAUGGUGUAUGAUUCUCUGGAUGAUUGCUGGGACACCCACUGCUUCAAUGAGGUCGAGGUUAAAUGUGGAUGCAAGAGGGACAGGGCUGUGUGGGUGAAUGGUUUUCUGUUUGCUUUGUCAUUGACAGGACCCCCACAUGGACUAAGUAUUUACAAUGCAAAGCUUGACAAAUGGUCUAGAUCACUUCUUCCCUUUGAGAGAUCGAUUCCUCUAUCACCAUCUGUGCUUAACUGUCAUGGUAGGUUGAUAAUUGCAGCUGGAGCCUGGGAAUUUCUGCCUUUCAGUAGUUUUGAUAUAUGGGAACUGGAUAAGGAAUCAGGAAAGUUGUUGAAACUGGAUUCUGUUCGCUGUGCUGCUUUAGAGCAGAAUACUGUAGAGCCUUUGCCAGUGGACACAGUCAACAGAAUUGGAGACGGUAAGGUGCUCUUCUUCCAUGCAAGAGGUAUGCCAUGCCCUUUUGUUUGUGACCUUGGCAGCAGUAUGUGGAAGACUUUGCCCCGGUACCGAGGUCCUUGCCUCUCAAAAUUGGAUGCUCUGCUUUUUCGCCCUAGCUUAUUUGCUGAGGUGUAGUUGAAUCUGUUUGGUUGCCAUUUGUGCCCAAAGACUGAUUUCAACAUUCUAAGGAGACAUCGGUGGAGAUUGGUUCUACACUAAUUGAUUUGGAACCCAUGGGUGUGUAAAACCUGAAUAAAAAGUUGCUUUUAGCCAAGGUUUCUGCUAAGUUGCACAAGACAGUUCAGAGUUGCUUGCAUCUGUUUUAUGAUACUAUGAACUAGAAUAUGCGCAAAACGAAUAGUAUGAAUUCCUUCUUCAAUGAUCACUGAUUAAAUAGGAGAUAAUGUUUCUCCAGUAUGCAAAGUUUGAGGAGGAGAUCAAAAUUGAUUGUACAUGAGGUCACCCAAUUAAAUGUAAAGAGACCUUAGCUGGUUUUAAUACUAACCUAACUUGAGUUAA